AUGGGGGAACCAAACCCAUGGGACGAAGUGAUUCCUAAAUGUGAUGAACCGACGAAACCUCGGGAGUGCAAGUCGCAAACAGUACUGGCUUCUCGGCUGAAGACAAACAUUUUAACUGGUGGACUUGAUUUUCAUCCGUUCGAUAAAGUAGGAUCUAAGCCGAAGCUUCCGAACUUUGAGGCCGCAUCGUUAUCUGUGCGCUGUUCUUCACAGUCCUCCUCUCUCCGUUACAUGAAUUGCGAAUUAAUAGCUCACAAAGAAAAUAUUGCUCCCUUCUCCUCGUACAAAUGUGCUGAGGAUUGUUCUCUUCAGAAGUCGGGUCUUGAAUUGCGUGAAAAUCCCGCAAAUCUUUUUGCAGUUACUCCGAUUUCAUAUUCAUCUAUCAAAGAAGGGUGCAAAGCUUCUAAUACGGGGAAUAUCGGUGCGAACUCACCAGGCAAUUCGUUCGAGGUUAAACCGACAAAAGGAGUGGUCAAGAAGACAGGAUCAUUUAUGUCAGCCGGAUUGCGCGGUCCAGAUGAAACUCCUCAGACACAUGCGGAAACUCCUUCUUCAAAUGACUCAGUGGAACCACUAGACGAGUGUUCACAAUCCAUUGGAGUAGCGGCGUCACAGUCUUUUAUUGCGUCAAUGACGUCGGAUAAAUCUUCCCCAUCUACGAGUGGUCCUACUACUACUAGUGUUAAUAGUGUCGCUUUAAGAACCCACCUUUCUGUUUCAUCUGGAAACUAUGUAAAACUCAAUCUACGCAAGAAGUCUUUCAGUAGAUGUGGUUCACGGCGGCAAGCGCUUAGCAGAUUGCAUAUACGACGAGCCAAAUUUGCCAAGAAAUUUGGGUCUAAAGGUUGCAGAAUGGGAAAUUUCGUUCGAUCCAAUUUGGAGCGUACUUUGUAUAGCAAGUUUCCAAAAGAUUGCUCUCAUUUCGGGGUCCGCUUAAACGAAAAGGAGAUUGAGGAAAUGGAACCAGACUAUACUAAAGCCGAGUGGAGAAUUGCUGAUCUAGCUAAACUGCGUAGUCAGUUCUCUGGAGGACCUCAACUAGAGGAGCUCUUAAGCAUUGGUCCUGAAGCAUCGCGACCUCUAUUCUCCAUCAAUAAAAAGAGUGUCGACUUAGAUACCAUGAAGAUACGAAAUUAUAUGAAUGAGCUGAUGCAAAAAAUGGGGAUUCGGUCAUUUAGACCUGGUCAAGAGCGGGUGAUUUGGCGCACGCUAGCUGGCAAAUCAACUCUUUUUGUUAUGCCAACAGCAGGUGGCAAGUCGCUGUGUUACCAAAUGCCGGCAGCAAUCUUUCAAAAAUUUUAUCCGACCUCGACAGCCCUGGUCAUAUCUCCGUUGAUUUCUCUCAUGCAAGAUCAGGUGUUGCCAGUAACGUCGCCCAUUCGUGGUGUCUACAUUAGUUCCAGUCAGAUGAAGGGAGAAAAAGAAGUAAUAUGGGAGGAAGUAACAAGGGGUCAGUACGCCUACGUUCUGAUGUCACCAGAAGCUCUGGUCGAAUCGGAUUGGAUUUGUCGCCAGACUCGCCUUCCAAAUAUAAGUUUUGUCUGCAUCGAUGAGGCCCAUUGUUUAGCUGACUGGUCACACCACUUUAGACCAUCCUACCUACAGGUAUGCAACCUACUCAGGAAUCGACUUGGAGUGAAGCAGUUUCUUGGCCUUUCUGCUACCUGUACACCUUUAACCAUCAAGACCAUUUUCCAGAAUUUGGGAAUGGGUGAUCCACUCAAGUUAGAUGCAGAAUGCGAUGCUGAAAAUCCCUUGAAUCCUUUCGAUCCUGAUGGUGGCUUUCUUCAACCCUUCUCCAGCCCCAUACCCACCAACUUACUUGUUACGGCCUCGAUGGACCGUGAUAGGAAUGAGGCGCUGGUUAGAAUUCUUCAGACACCACCGUUUUCUGAGCAACUCUCCAUUUUAAUUUAUGCUGCAAGCCGAGAUCUCACUGAACGCCUGGCGGGGUACAUCCGGACCCGUCUGCAGGAAGUGAAGGACAAGAUUGGUCGACGCACAGUAGGUUGGAAUACAGCAGUCUACCACGCGGGCCUGUCACCAAAGGAGAGAGCCCGGGUGCAAAAGCGCUUUAUGAAUGGCAAAAUUCGUGUUCUCGUGGCAACUUCAGCCUUCGGUAUGGGCCUAAAUAAACAGGAUCUUCAGGCGGUCAUUCACUUUUCUAUGCCCAAAUCUUUUGAGAAUUACAUUCAGGAAAUCGGCCGGGCGGGUCGUAACGGUCAGCAGUCUUUCUGCCACAUCUUCCUUCCGCCAGGGCUCUCCUUGGUCCGAAAUGAAACUGAACCCAUCGGCCACGGGAACGCCAUGACACUCACUCCCGAGGAAGCAUGUGAAGCCAACGAACUGCGACGUCAUAUUUUUGCAAAUCACAUUGACCCGGUACAGUUGAAGCGCACAUUGGGUCUUGUCUUCGGCAAUGCAGACUCCACUGACAUUAACAAAACCAACUGCCCCGUGAUUGCUCUCGAUAUCGACCAAAUUUCAGAACAAUUGGAUAUCAAAAUUGAAAGUUUGAUGACUCUAAUAACCUACAUGCAUCUCCGUUCUGAUGUCUCACCGCUCAUCACUAUUCUGCCUUCAGCCCCCACGAGGGUCAUCGUCAGUUGCUAUGGUGGUCCACUUGAGAUGGCUCAUGUUUCGACGCGCAGCCUUGCCGUUUCUGCAUGGCUGGGUCACCUCAAGUCGCAAGCUAACUCAGCUUCAAGCUCCACCGUUACAAACCUUCGAGAAGUGACUCUUGACUUAGUGAAACUCUGUAACGCUUGGGGCUGGCGUCCAGACGCGGUGCUACGGGAGCUACGCUGUCUCGAAUGGAACAGUGAUGCCACUCCUGGUGCUCCACCCCGGCGCACCGGUGUGAGCAUCGUUCCGUCAGGCACGUCCCGUGCCUGCUGGCUCUGGGUCCACGCCAAUGACCAGCUAACUCUGAGACUAGACUCCGAGCUCGUUUAUCUUCAGCAGCGUCUGCGGGAGGUUGAACGGUCGGGUCUGCGAAGUCUCGACCAGCUUCAAUCGGCUAUUGCUUUGGUGGCUGUCGAUUCUGUAGACAAAAUUGAUUUCAACCAAAGUGGUGUGCGCGUUAGGUCGGAGAAAUUUCGUGCGCGUGUGGAAGCCCAUUUCAAUGAAACGGCGAAUGAUAUUCCCUCCCUCUGGCCGCCCCCAAUUUCGAUAAAACAGGAACAAAUGGUGCGCGUGACCGUAAGGGACUUCAUGCAUUUGCAUGGGCAGAACCUGAUCCCGGGACAGGUGACUGGUCGGGUGAUGGCCAACAUCUUCCACGGUAUAGGAUCGCCAAACUUCCCUACUACUGUGUGGUCUCGUGUACGUCGCUUCUGGCGCGCCUUCCUCGGCGUCGAUUGGCUUACCCUUCAGCGUAUUGCUACCGAAGAACUCGUAGCUGCCCACUAUUCCUUCACCUGA